AUGUGGCAAACUCUGUUUGAAAUAGAUACUAAGUAUGUCCCCAUCAAGCCCAUUGGACGAGGAUCUUACGGUGUGGUGUGUUCUUCUACCAACCAACAGACCAACGAGAAAGUGGCUAUCAAGAAGAUUAAAAAUGUGUUUGAGAAUCGCUUCGAGGCAUUGAGAACGCUCAGGGAGAUGAAGCUUUUGAGGCACAUAAGACAUGAGAACGUGAUUGCUUUGAAGGAUGUGAUGAUGCCCGCGCAUAGAAAUAGUUUUAAGGAUGUGUAUUUAGUUUAUGAGCUCAUGAACACUGAUCUUGAUCACAUUAUCCGAUCGUCUCAGCCCCUCUCAAAUAAUCAUUGCAAGUAUUUGAUGUAUCAGUUGCUUUCCGGCUUACAGUAUCUUCAUUCAACCAACAUUCUUCAUCGGGACUUGAAGCCCGGAAACCUCCUCGUCAAUGCUAAUUGUGAUAUGAAGAUUUGUGAUUUCGGGUUAGCACGAACGAGCAAAGACAAGGACCAAGUCAUGACUGAGUACGUUGUUACUCGCUGGUAUCGUGCACCAGAGCUUCUCCUAUCAUGUGACUAUGGUACUUCCAUUGAUGUGUGGUCUGUGGGAUGCAUCUUUGCUGAGAUUUUGGGUCGAACACCUAUCUUCCCUUCCCUGGAACAGAUUGCCUCAACCAACUAG